AUUUGGUAUUUGUUGCACAUUUCCCACCACAGAUGAACGGCCACACGCAAGCAGUGAAAAUCCCAAUGAAACGAGAAAUCUAAUAAGUUUUACCCUCAAAGUGUUGCAAUUUUUGGUGCAUUUAGCGAUUUAAAGUGAAAGAAUUUAAACCCCCAUCCGCAGAGCCAAAAAAACACAUAAAUACCUGCCAUUUAGCCAUCAAAACAAUUGAAAGUCAACGGCUGUGCAGCAGCAGGAAGAAGAGGAAGAGAGGUGCGUGGUGCGUAGUUAGUGCGAAAUUGCGUAUUAGGAAAGAAAACAACAACAACAUAAGCGGAGCCGCAAAAGCCAGCCAACAUUUCGAACAAACCAAACAUUAGCCAGCGAAAACAAACACACCAAUCCAACACAUUGUCGCAUCUGCAGCGGGAACGCCAAAAACUGGUUACAUGGGUCCGACGGAUCAAGACUGGAUCGGCUGUGCGGUGUCCAUAGCCUGUGACGAGGUCCUGGGCGUGUUCCAGGGCCUGAUCAAGCAGAUCUCCGCCGAAGAGAUUACCAUCGUAAGGGCCUUCCGGAAUGGAGUACCGCUGCGCAAGCAGAACGCCGAGGUGGUCCUCAAGUGCACGGACAUUCGAAGCAUUAAUCUCAUCGAGCCCGUGAAGCAGGAUCUGGAUGGGCAUACGGCCCCGCACCCGGUGAUCAACAAGCCCACGCCUGUCAAGUUACCCCACUUCUCCAACAUCCUUGGAAAGCAGCAACAGCUGCAGCUUCAGCAGCAGCAACAACAGAGGCAGCAGUUUCGGGAACAGGAUCAUGAGCAGGAGCUGCCAUCGACGCCGCGGUCGAAGACCAACGGAUACGCAAGAGGACCGACAGGAGCGGCACCGUCGGAUGCGUCCGCUGCAUCGGGUUCUUCGGGCUCACGUGGGAACUUCAAUUCGGCACUAAGCGACAAGAUGCACCAGCUGAAGCUAAUCGAGACCAACGGACCCAAUGGCACUCGGAGAACACCGCAGACAUCUCGAGCCUCCAGUGCUCAGCAGCAGCCGCAAAUGUCUACAACUCCAAACAGUGUCGCCGCUUUCUUUGGCAAUAUGAUUCCGCCGAAGGUGGAGGUGAAAAUGGGUGCCUACGUAGCAAACACGCGGGAGAGCUACUGCAGCAGCAGCGGGGACAGCGGCGAGGCAGCCGGGCUGUCGUUGGGCAGCAGCCGGCCCAUAGAUAUCGUCAGUAACGGAGACGGCUUUUAUAAGCAGGCGGCAGCUUCAAGCUAUGGAAAUACUAACGGCAAUGGCAGAAGGAACGGCAACUCUUACAAUGGCAAUGGAAACGGAAACGGCUCUUAUACCAAUGGAAAUGGCAACGGUAACGGGAAAAACAAGCGUAAUAGGGUUCGAAGGGAGAGUAGCAUGAGGCAGCAGCAGGUGCAGCAGACAUUUGGCGGCGAGGCGGAUGAUCCACUGAUCCAUGAGGACUUUGACUUUGAGGGCAAUCUGGCGCUUUUUAACAAGCAGGCCAUUUGGGAUGACAUCGAGUCGACGCACCAGAAACCAGACGUGGUUCGGCACAUCGUUAACCAUCAUCAUCAGCCGGAGCAAAAGUACCGGCACGACGAGAAUAUCCUGGCCAGCAAGCCGCUGCAGCUGCGCCAGAUCGAGAGCAUGUUCGAUGGCAGCCAGGAUUUUGUGACGGACGACGGUCUGAUCAUUCCCACUAUUCCGGCCUACGUUCGGAACAAGAUCGAGAUGAGUGCCGAAAAAGCGGGCCUCUCCUUGCAGAGGCAGAUCGACAUAUUGGCGCGCGGGGCCAGUGACCUGGCCAUAACACUGCUCGGCGGAGCCAGACGUCUGACGCCGGCCAACAACCACCAGUGGCCGAAGAUAGCCAUCAUCUGCGAUGGUGUCAAGAACAUGAGAACAAUCAACAUCGGAGCAGCCACGGGUCGCCAGCUUGCUUCGCAUGGCCUGACCGUGCUGCUGUACGUGGAGCAGGCUAAACUUAUGGAGCAGAACAGCAGCAGUACAGAGAUUUCCCUGUUCAAGGCAACUGGCAAUGUCAUAGUUCACUCAGUAGAUGCCUUGCCCACGCCAGAUCUUGUGAUAUUAUCGACUAACACCGCUAAUUUAUCGGAUGCGAUCAGGAAAUGGCUUAGUGUAAAUCGCGCGUCUGUGCUCGCCGUAGAUCCGCCGCCAUGUGGCAUUAAUGAGGUGGCUAUCAAGUACUCAAUACUACCCAUACUACCAUUGAAUGGCAUAUCAACAGCAACAGCAUCAUCAUCCUCUUCGGCUGCCGCCACACCGACGCCCAUUGCUAGCACUUCGGCAGCAGCAGCGGCCACUAAAUCAGCAGCAGCAACAUCAACGAACAAUUGUGGCAAAUUGUAUUUAUGUAAUCUAGGUAUACCGGAUAAAUUUUAUCGUGAUUGUGGCAUUAAGUACAAAAGUCCGUACGGACAUAAAUAUGUGAUACCGAUUCACUCAAAGGACUGAAACAACGACAAAAACAAAAUCACAAACACCAACAUUUACAACAGAAAUCAAACUGCAGCAUCAGCAAUAACAGCAAACCAUUAAAUCAAGCACACACAACAAAAUCAAUAACAAUGACACUGACACACCCGCACACUUGUGAUGAUCAUCAAGUCCAGUUUCCUGUGAAUCUAGCUCUUAGUAGUCUUUUCUCAUAUAUUACUCAAAUUAAACAUUUUGUUCUACGGCGCGUACACAUUUAGUUUUUAGGUUAGUUUAUGCAUCAGCCUCUAAAGUAUAUCAAGUAAUUGUAACUAUUUUUCUGAAUGAUUUAAAAGCUGCCCCGGCCAAGUGCCAAACUAUAAUUAAAUUUCAACUUUAGAAUAUUUCUUCAUUUUAAAACUCAUGUAAUUUUUGUACAGCCCUUAGUUCCGAAAGCUAGUCCAGCAUUUACAAGUUCCAAAAGCUUUAGUUUAGGCGCACACUUAAAGAAAAUUUUCAAACUUUUAAUCCAAAACCUCGGAACCCUGUCAGAACAUUUAAACAGAAGCUAUGGCCUUAAUUUGAUUUUUAUUCCCUGUCCUUCCCGCAAGUGGUCUUCAUAUACGUAAUCAACAAAUCAGGCGAUAAAUUGUUUGUAAAUAACUUUACAAUUAUAUGGGGAAAGAUAAGAUCAUGUUAAUUAUUAUCAAGUAUGCGCAAUAAAUGCCAAAUUCAAUGUCUAAUUUUAAGCAUAAAAUCAACAGCAAAAGCAAACACUAUUGUACGAUGUAAUAUGGAAUACAAGUCCAAGUAUAAAUCAAAUCAGAUAGUUAAGGUAUAUUUCUAAGCAACAAGUGUUUUACGUUUAACAAACCAUAACAAACAACACAACACUGAUAAAACGAGGAACACUUUAUAUUAUAUAUAGACGUAUUUAAGAUGUGUCUUUAAGCUAAACUAAAUCAAGUCGAGAGCAUAAUUUUUUACCCAUCGAAUACUAAAGAGAAACCACAACACAAUACUUAUACUCUAAACUGUAGAACGAUGAAUUUUAUAUAAGAUUAAAUCCAAUCUAAUAGUGCAAAAUUUUAGACGGUUGCGACUCAGCAAGGCAACCAAAAACUCAAAACCCAAAUUAAAAGUACUUGUUGUAUAAAUAAUACCUAUUAUUGUAAAGAUAACACACGUAGAUUCUAAAUUCCAAUCAUGUUGAUGAUCAUCUGCAAAUUCAAUUUCCAAAAACCAUCAAACUAUAUUGUAAAAGAGAGUUGAAUGCGGAACACUUCGCCGUCAGGCGGGUUCUGCAGUGACUGUUUUGCGUUAGGAGUAGAAGAGAUAACCAGACCUCAAAGGGAUGUUGGUGGAGAGCGGAUGAGAAGGUUUUCCCAAUACCACAGUAACAACUACAGAUUUCACAACCAAACGAUUAAGCACUAACACAUGGAGAAACCACAUAUAUCCAGAUUUUGGUAACGCUUUUAAAUUGUAAAAACAACUAUUUUCGGGCCAAUUGAAAUUGUUAAACAAAAAAGAAUGAAACCUAAUUUUAAAUUUAUACACAAAAGACAAAAUUGUACAGAAAAAUUCUCUUUUGGAACAAAAAAUCAAGCAGAAAAAAGAAAGCGAAUCAAAAAAUGAAUGUCCUUUCCAAACGAAACAGCAAUAUUAAAAAAUACAAACAACACCGAGAAGCCUUCUCAUGGAAGAAAACAAAA